GCCAAGGGAGGAAUCGCUAUGCUGGAAGACCGGGCAGCAAGCGCUGUCGCCGUUGCUUUUAAGCAGCACUUGGCAGCGUUGAAUAGCGAGUUUGAGCGACUAGUGAUGGAGAAUGUGGACCUGAGGAAACAACUUGUGAGUGGGAACGAGAUGCCAAGUGUUUUGAGCCCUGCAUGCUCUCCUAGCUCUCCUUGUUCUCCUACGCAAGCCCCAGCUGUCUCAAGUUUUCCCGGUGUUCUUGAAGGCAAAGAAACCCUUUGGCAGAUCCGCUCUCUGGAUUGCGCUUCAUCUCCAAAGCCGCCAAUCGUCAAAGAGGGCCACAAAGAGGGCCACAAGGUCAACUACCUGGAGAGCCCGAAGCAUUUGCACCUCCCAUAUUCCAGUGCCACAAGUCCUGGCAGCCCGAGUCCAACUGCAUCACAAUUCCAAGAAUGCGAUGCUGAAAUGGGCAGCUUACCUGGGACUAUAUCUGAAGAGGCGGGAGGACUACAGGAGCGACUGGAUGCAGAGCGCUCCCCUCGAAGUAUCCAAGGACCACAUGGUUCUCCACCGGCUUUGCGAUCUUCUAUAGGAUCGAAGCCAUCCAGAGCAACAUACGUGAAGGACGUUCAUGAGAUUGAGGAGUCUGAAGACAAUGCAACUUUCUUGCUGAUGCUUGAUGUUGUUCCAGCGCUGGUUAUUCUGGCCAAUUCAGUUGUGGCUGGUAUCAGUGCAGAUGUUGAACCAAACAGCUUCGCUUGGACACUGUUGGAAACACUCUUCGCGCUGUUCUUCAUUGGAGAAAUAGCCAUCAAGAUCAAGGUGUUUGGUUUCAAGGGCUACUUUUUUGGAGAAGAUUGGUAUUGGAGCUGGUUUGAUUUACUGUGCGUGGUCCUCGCGCUCAUCGAAAUGAGUAUUACUUACCUCAGCUUAGCAUCUGGUAAGAAUGCGGAGAUGGGCGCUAUGAGUUCCUUGAAGAUGCUAAAGCUGGCAAGGCUGGGACGAAUCAUUCGCUUGUUGAAGUUCAAGAUCUUCCAGGAACUCAAGCUUAUGAUACAAGGAGUUUUUACGGGACUCCGCGUCCUAUUUUGGGCUGUGGUUCUCUUGAUCGGCAUCGUGUACUUGUUGGGUGUUGUAUCAAAAACUCUGUUCAGUGACAACCCAGAGUUUCAAACCGUUCCGCGAGCAAUGUUCACAUCGUUUCGCUGCUUCACGGAUGGCUGCUCAACUUACGAUGGAGCACCACUGCAGGAGAAGCUGUUCAGAGAUUCUGACUUCUACUUUAUCUUUGUGCUUUUGUAUAUUCUUUUAUUCCUCUUCGUGACAAUCGGCAUCUUCAAUCUCAUUAUGGCUGUAUUCAUAGACAACGUUACAGAUGGAAGCACGAAGAAGAGACAACAAGAAUUAGGACUCAAUGCACCACGAACUGGCUGGGUGAUAGCCUCCGAACUUCGACAUUUGAUCCUGGCCAACAUGCUCAGAAAGGAAGCUGAAGAUGAGGC